GUGGAUUACUUGGUAUUCUGUGCACAAGUGUAAGUUAUAAUUAGACUAACAAUGACGUAAUGAAUAGGAAGUGUCAGUUAAAACAGUAAGAAGGAUCGGAAAGAAGGGGGAAAGAGGAGUCCAUGAGCAGAUCUACAUUCCUCACGUCAUACAAUUUAUCAUUUAACAUUUUAGCUUGACAGAGUGAAUACGGUAAAACCAAGAUGGAAAUAAUAUAACGAGUUGAAUAUUGUACAUACAACAGUAAUGAGGGUAGGAUAAGAGAGUGAUAGGGACAUAAGUGAGGCGUGUGUGCGAGUGUGUUUACUUCUACAUGUCAGUCGAGUGAGAGAGUGAGAGCGAGACGCAACCGAGAGAGGGCGAGGCAAGAAUGAGUGUUGCAAGUGACCAGAUGGAGGAGAGUGUGGAGCACAAGCAGCACGUCGUGAACCACAACCACACAGCCCACCACCUGAAGCAGUAUUUUUUCCCCACUGAGCACGUUCCCCGCCUGUCUGCCUCGGAUCCCUUGGCUUCCCAGCUGAUCGCCGAGGAGAAACCAGUGGUGUUGACAGACACAAAUUUAUGUGAUACUGCACUGAAAUGGGACUUGGACUACUUGGCACAGCACAUGGGCUCGGAGCGCUACAUGGUGUUCCUCUCCAACAACCACAAGUUCAAGUAUUAUGAUGAAGCCAAGAUCAAGCAAUACAAGACUAAUUUUGUGCCCCCCACCAGGAGGGUUGAUUUAACCUUUCCAGAGUUUGUCAAGAAACUAAGGGAAUGGAAGCCUGGGGAUGAGAGAGUGUACUUGCAGCAGGGACUCAACAACACUGUGGGACAAGCUAUUGUGAUGGACUUCCUCCAGUUCAAUUGGCAGUGGCUCAACAUGCAGCAGAAGAACAACAACUGGGGGCCACUUACCUCCAACCUGCUGCUGGUGGGCAUGGAAGGAAAUGUGACUCCAGUCCACUAUGAUGAACAACAGAAUUUCUUCAGUCAGUUGGUGGGCUACAAGCGAUGCAUCCUGUUUGCCCCUGAGCACUAUGAGAGGCUGUACCCCUACCCAGUGUACCACCCACACGACCGGCAGUCACAGGUUGACUUUGAUGAUCCUGACAUGGAGAAGUUCCCAGGCUUGAAGCACCUACAAGGAAUGGAGGCAGUGGUGGGUCCUGGUGAUGUGCUCUACAUCCCUAUGUACUGGUGGCAUCAGAUAGAGAGCCUCCCACACUUAGGAAACACUGUAUCUGUGAACUUCUGGUACAAGGGUGGACCCACAGAAAAAAUUGAGUAUCCCUUGAAGCCAAGACAAAAGCUUGCCAUCAUGCGCAAUGUAGAGAAAAUGUUGUUGGAAGCACUGAGAGAGCCAGCAGAGGUGGGACCUCUGCUAAGGUCCCUCGUGCUGGGCCGCUACACUGGUGAGGAAGCAGACAGACAAGAAGGAGCACUUCUAUCUGCUGCCGCUCCUCACACCAACUAGUUCUCCCUCCAAAUUCAUAAUCCCUGUACCUGUGGAGAGCUACUUUGGUCAUGCCCUCUUGUCUGUCUGGGGCAUUGGGUGUGGUGGGUAGGUAGUGUAGUAAUCACUCAUUUUCUCAGAAGUUUGGGAUUACCUCAUAACUACUACAAACACACACACACACACACACACACACACACGUUCCUCCAGAUUUUCCUUUGCAGGAAAGCAGCACAGUGUUGAUUACUGUUGUUAAUUGCUUUUGCUUUCCUUAAAAAAAAAAAAGAUACUAGUGCUUUUUUUGUAAUUGUAGAUAUUCUAAAAGGCAUCUUUUUAUGCUUUUUUAGCACCUUUUGUAGUAAUACCACUGACUUCAGCUUAACUUGUCUAAAAUGUUUUCAUGAUAGGUAAUUCUUUAUGGAAAGUUGUGAAAGACCUACCUAAUAGCCCACCAUUUGUUGCCUCACCUCUUGUCAUUUCCUUCACAUAGUGUUUAAAAGAAGCGAGAGAGGGUCUCAGGAACCAGAGAGUUUUGUAGCUCAACAACUCAGGGUCAUAAGUUGCACUGGGGAGUACUACAACAGACUGGUGUGGAGUCUCAAGUUGUUUCUCCCCUCUGAAGUGCCCUGAGAUUGCAGAGUAUUGACAGGAAAAAAGGGUGCUCAAAUAGGACUUUCUCAAAGGUUCAAUUUCUUGAAGAUGAGGGACUGGAUUAGCAUGUCUGCCCAUGAGUAUUAUCAUAAGAUUAGCUGACUUAUUGUCAGAUGCUUAAAACUAUUAAAGUGCUGUCAGUUGUGUCACAAAGUGUACAAGUGUCAGGCUUGUUGGGUUUAGUGGCAUGUGUAAUUCUUGGUUGGCAGUCACUCGGCAGUGGUCACUCAGUUAUCCAACUACAGGUAUCAUAUUUUUUGACAGCUCAUAAGCUUAUCAUUUUAUGCAUUUAAGAUACUGUGUUGCACUUGGGUAAGUAUCUUCUGUGGAAUUUUUUCUAGUCCAAGUCCACCUGGCAGCAUGACUGACUACUUUCCUUGCUGACAUGUUUGGGAUGUUUUAUGUAAAGGUAUGGCUUGUACCAGUUCAUGUACUACCUACACUAUGAAUUUUGUCAUGUAUUUAUUGUUUUGGGAUAAUGUUGACAGGAUACAGAUAACUUGAUGACCAUGCAUUUUUGCUGCCUUUGAAACAUGUGCAUAGCAAGUGCUUCCUAUAGCUUUCUAGGUAUGCAGCUGACUGGCUUGCUGCUUCUGAGUUCCUUUAAAACCUUAUGUGUGUUAGUUGACUGGAGAUCAGUGUGAUUAUAUUAUGUAAAUAUGUUCUCUGUUAAUCUUAUCAAAGCCAAAGGUAUUUAAGGAAGGGAGGGGGGGUAAUGUUAUGGUACUGUGGUAUUUCAUGUGAUUGUUGUAUGAUAUCUUUUAUUGUACAUCAAGGGAGAGGCUAUUAUAUCUUAUGACUAGAUUUAGACAGAAAACAUGUGAUAAGUGUUUAUACUGCCCAUUUCAUCACUCACCAUCAUAAAGGCCAUUGUCUCUGCAUGUUAUCAGGGCAUCUUUCAGAUGUAGCUACACUGUAAUAAUAUGCUUGUUGCUAAUUGGGGCACAUGGGAAAUGCUGCUCCUCCAUCAAUGGGCAUUUCCAAAGAUAGUGCAGGACCACUAUACAGGUAUGUACAGUGAUGCUUUGUUUUUCAUCUUUACAUCAUGUAUGCUGUGCUUCCUGCAGACUGAGGGUUUCUCCUUGGGAAUAUUGUUCUAGUCCUGGACAUAUGAUGGUCAUCUUUCAUUUACAUAUAAAGCUUUAUUUGAUUUGUGAAGUUCUAAAUCAAGGAAUUGCCUUAAUGCUUUUGCUUCAAAAUGUAAUUGCCCCUCCAGUCUGGUUGGUGCGUAGAGAGUAAUGGCAUUUAAGAUUCUCCAGAUUUUGUAUUUUCUGUGUUUUCAGUUGCAGUUAUGUUGAUAUGUGUAGCAUGUACCUGGUAUGUGUUGCUCUGUUACAUCAGAUAAGCUUACCAGUUAUGUACAACCACCAUCUGACAAUAGCCAAGUGACAAAUUCAAUAAUGGUACUCUCGAGGAAUAGGUGGCACGUCCAGGCCAUCCACUGCUUGACAGACUAAGAUUGGCUCACUGUAAUAAACAACAUGUCUCUUCCCAUCUGUUUGUCCCAUUGCCACUCACAUGGGUCAAGGUAAGCUUCAUCUAAGCUCAAGGUAGGAUUUUUCUACAUUCUUUUGCUAAGAUGGUUUAUAUCAUUUGGCAACAGACUCAACACUGUCUUGCAGUCAUUUUGAAAACUUAUUGUGGUAGAUUUUGUUUUUACAAUCUGGUCACAGACACAGGCAUAGUGGUAAAGCUAACGACUGGGAAGUGUGAUAUUUGAUAACUGAUACAUAAAAAUACAGCCAGAAGUAAGCUGUAUGAGGUGUACAUCUUGGAUGUUAAACUGUGAUGUUCUAAGUGAAUUCUGAAAUUUAAAAAUUAUUCAUUAGACUCUUGGUGAUAUGUUUUAAAAGUUAUUUUGUGUACAACAGUUAGAUUUCAGUCUCCACUCAUGACUAUAAACUUGUCUGUAUUUCUAUUCUCUGAUAGUUGUGUAUGUAUUACAUUGUUGACAGUAGAGUGGAACACCAUGAGAGGUCAGACUAUCCUUUUUGCUUUUUAUUUUGCUUGUGUAAUUGUUCAAAAGUCUGUAGCAUAACUUGAUGCUCAACAGAUUCCAGUCUGGUACAUUGUGGUAAUAAAAGGAAGGUUUGUGGCAUUCAUCAAGAUACAUAGGCAUCCUUGUGUUCCAUAAAGAUGCAAGUGUCACUAAGGGGUUUGUGGAGUUAUGGAAACCACUAUAUGAUUGUACAAGAAAAGAAAACCUUUACAUAACAUUAUCAUCAACCAUUCAUUUCUUUUACUUAAUAUACUCUGCUAUAUAUAUUUUUUGGCAACAUUGAUUUUGUGCAAUACAUUGCUGUAAUCAAUAUUGUUACCAUUAUUACCCUAUAUGGUAAUAUCUCUGUACAAUGUUGUCUCUGUAUCAGUUAAGCUGUAUCAUGUUCACAUCCAUUGUGUAUUGUAAUGCUUGUGCAUGGUUAUAGUGGUACUCAUGGAAUUACUUCAGAAAGUGUUGUUAGUCCACUCAUAAAAUAGUUAAUCAUAGGAAGAUUUAUAUAUCUAUAUUUUUCUGUGUACCAGGCUGAGGUCCUUCUUGGAAGAAAGUAGCAUAGGAAAGAUAUCAUAUCCUGUCUUAUGAUGGGAAUAAGAUUGUCGUAUCCUGUCUUACGAUGGGAAUAAGAUUACAGAGGAAGGGUUUUCCACCCCCUAUGCUUCACCAGUUUUGAUUACCUUUUACAAUGAACAAGGAAAAUGUUGAGUUUUGGUGAAGAUACUGAUUAAUUUUUGCAUUAGUAAAGAGAAUAAAACAGGAAUGAGAAUUAGUACAGUCUUGUGCAGUGAGGUCAUAGGAGGUGUAACCAUAGAAAUAAUAUUAAAAGAAAUCAAGAAAGGAAAGAAUGUGAAGGACUGAAGACAGUUAAGGGAGUUUAUGUAGUAAAACCUUUUAACUUCAUCUCAGAGGCCCUCAAAGUAGAAUCUUCAAUACAUAAGACCUAUUCCAUACAGGGCAAAUAAUGUUCCUGUAAAGAAUAAGCCCUAAAACACAUAAUUUUGGCUUGGAAACCAAAGUAUAGGCCUACACUACCCCAAAAGACUCACAAGUUUUAUAUCCCUGUUAGUAGUAGUGUAACACUAAAAUACUUCAGGCAUAUUUUUUCCAUGUCUUUAGAGUGGCACUUGUGUCAUUAAGGAAUUCAAGGCCUUUUAAAUAAGCUAGAAGAAAAAUUUUGUUCUAAUAUUUGUCUGGUAUUUCCAUGGCUAUUUGAGUUAUGCUUUGCUGUACAAUAUUGUAUGUGAUACUGAUAACUUUCUGGAAAAGUUUCAAACAUUUCCUUUGCCAAACAAAGUUGCUUCAGUUCAUUACUGCUCUGUCAGUCAUAUGAUUAUGUAUAUUAUCCACAAUAUUGUUCAUGGGUGUUUUGACCAGGGACAUGUCAAAUGAUUAGUAUAUCGCAGUCAGUAUCAAAUAUUUGUGUUCAUUCAAAGGGCAAAGGGCUAUGUGAUUUAUUUUUUAACUUGUUUGCACUACCAGCUGACUUUUAAUGACAUUGUCAUACUAUUAAAUAAUGCAAAGAUGUCCAAAGCAUUCUUAUUUUAUAACAUGCAAAUGCAAAUGUUUCAAUUCACAUCUAUAUCUAUCUAUUUAUCUAUCUGUCUGUCUAUGUCUAUAUAUAUUUCUAAAAUGUAUACUUUUACUUGCUAAUUGUGAAGUUUCUAUUUUAUCAUAUAAAUGUACUACAAACUGGUGGCAGCCUAAAUAGGCAAGGACAUCAUAGAAAGGGAAGCUUUAAAUUUGAUUCCCUGACUGAACUUAUAAAUUAUACAC